GUUGCAGGGAAAAAAAAGUAACGUUAGCUAGCAUGCGUAGCGUUAGAGUGGUGGAGAAACUUCACCCGCCGUAAAUAAACACAAAACUAAAGCCAAACUAAACAGAACAACAGCCAAAGUGGUCGUGUCUUCGCCGUUUUCGUCCCUUUAGGCGAACAUGCCUCGGAGGAAACCAUUUAGUAACAAACAGAAAAAGAAGCAGCUUCAAGUGAAGCGGGAGAGAAAACGAGGUGAUCCGGGCUCGGGUCAGAACAGCCGGAAUGCGAGUGUGGAGAGGGGAGUGAGACGGGACAGACAGUCAGACACGUCGGACAGUGAGACCACAGACAUUAGGAAGAUCAACCAGCAGCCUGGCACCAGAGACAGCCGUUAUGACCCCAACAGAUACCGCCUCCACUUUGAGAAGGAGAGCAAAGAAGAGGUUGAGAAGCGGAAGAAAAUGGCCCGGGACACAAUUCUGCAACCGGUUCCAGAGCGAGAGCUGGAGAUGGACAUUAACCAAGUCUUCCCUGAAGAGCAAGGGCUGGAUUUCCCACGGCGGCCCUCUUGGCAUUAUGGGAUGCAGCGAGAAGAACUCUUGAGAAAAGAGGAGAAAUCUUUUCAUGAGUUUCUGGAGUCUCUUUAUUCAAAGAACCCUCCUGGAACCCUCAGCCACUUUGAGCACAAUCUAGAGACUUGGAGACAGUUAUGGAGAGUGCUAGAGAUGUCCGACAUCAUUCUUCUCAUAGUGGAUAUCAGACACCCUGUGCUGCAGUUUCCUCCUGCUCUGUAUCACUACAUUACAGGUCCACUGCAGAAGCAGGUAGUUCUGGUGCUGAAUAAAGUUGACCUGUGCCCUGCUCCGCUCGUGUUGGCAUGGAAACACUACAUGACCAAACACUUUCCUCACCUACACUGUGCCUGCUUCACCUCUCACCCAGGACAGCAGUAUAGCACCUUGCUACAGAAGAAGAGGAUGAGGAGAAAGGGGGGGUGGAGCCAAGCAGGAGGACCAAUCCACAUUAUGAGGUCAUGUCAAGAGAUCACAGCAGGAAAGGUUGAUUUAAGUAGCUGGGAGUGUAAGAUACAGAAGGAUGCGGUUGCCGUGGGAACAGAAGGGGACUGGCCUGAUGAUGGGGCAGACACAGUGCUGAUGGAGCACCACAGUGAUGCUGCUAUGGAAAUGAACAGCCCCACACAAGAACUUUAUAAGGAUGGAGUUCUCACAUUAGGUUGCAUAGGUUUUCCUAACGUAGGAAAAUCUUCGGUGUUAAAUAGUUUGGUUGGUCGGAAGGUUGUAAGCGUGUCUCGGACUCCUGGACACACAAAAUAUUUCCAGACGUACUACCUCACCCCCACUGUUAAACUGUGUGACUGUCCAGGACUCGUCUUCCCUUCUCGAGUAAACAAGCAACUCCAGAUUCUGGCUGGUAUCUACCCGGUGUCCCAGCUGCAGGAGCCCUACAGCUCAGUGGGCUUUCUGUGUGAGCGCACUCCUUUUCUCUCCGUACUGAGACUCACACACCCUGAGCAGAGUCCUUGCACGCAACAGGAUCACGACUGGACAGCCUGGGAUGUAUGUGAAGCGUGGGCGGAGAGGAGAGGAUAUAAAACUGCGAAGGCAGCACGGAACGACGUUUAUCGGGCAGCCAACAGUCUGUUGCGGUUGGCCAUAGACGGACGUCUCUGUCUGUAUCUCCGGCCGCCAGGAUAUGCGCUGAACAAAGAUCAGUGGGAAUCGCACCCAGAGCUGGCUGAAAUCGUGGCUCUGCAGGGCCGCAGAACGGAAGAGGAGGAGAGCAGCGAGAGGGACGAGGAGGAGGAGGAGGACGAAUCGAGCUCCGAGCCAGAGGAGGAGGACGACCGAGACGCAGACGACGACGCCGACGGAGACGACGAAGACGAGACCGUGAGGUGCGACAGGAAGAGCAAAGGCUUCACUCUCAACAUGUUCGGCGUUCUGGGAGAGAACGAGUGCGAGUGAGAGAUGAACACCUGCUCAUCUCCUGCUCCGAUUCCAUUUAUCUCCGCCAGUUCCAUUCCUUUUUUUUUUUUUGUUUGUUUGUUUGUUUGUUUUUUUUCCAGAUUGAACAAAUUAGCAGUUCUUUUUUUCCUUUUUUGUAAAACUUUCCUCAAUCAAACUGACUGUGCUGACAAACUUGGACAGACUCACACGUCUUAUACAAUCAAGCCCACAUACAAUAGCUUGUUCAUCAUUCUGGCUCUUCCUGCAGUAUAAAGCAGGUGUGCCGCUGUACCCUAGCCAGCUAUGCUGUGUCAGGUUUGUUUAGUAGCAUCACUUUCUUUCAUGUACGGAUUCAGUCAGGUGCAAUCUCUUUUCUCAUUUGAGAGAUUUAAGAGGGCAGAUUGAGUGUUAUUGCAGUGGUUGAUCGCACAGAUAGAUUCCAAACACUAUCACAGAUGAGUACAAUCAGGGAUCGAUCAAGAACCUGUGAGUGUGCAGCUUUAUUGCCAAAGGCCACUGGGAGGUCAGAAGUCACUAACCUCACUAAGAGGGGAGGGAAAAUAUAUCUGCGAGAGAGUGUAUUUGUUCUGUAGCCUCAUUUCUGUGUGCAGCUUCGAGCAGUAGCAAGAAAGCUGGGUGCAUCUGAGGCAAUAAAGUGGGUACAAGCAAGCAACGAAAUAAAAGAUCAAAGCAGAGGAACAACAAACGUGAAAAAAGAGUGAAGAUCUGAAGCACUUUUAAAGCAAGGAGCUCUAGGCAUUUCUCUGCUCUCCGGACAGACUACACUCAGAGCAAAUAAAUAGGGGGUGGCAAUUCGUAUUCGUACCAAGGACCCAGCAGAGAGUCGUGCAGGAGUGAACGCGCAGACCACAGAUAAACAAGAAAACACAAAACGUUGAGAAGCUUUUUGGUCCC